CCCCCCUAUUAGUCCGUUUUAACGAGGGUCGACUGUACAUUCAAAUCACGCGCCAUUCAACUCGCGCACGGCACCGAACACGGGACACCGCCCGCUCCCGCAACCUCACACACGCAUAGCGCGUCGUCACCCCACUCCGCGCUCCGUCACUCAGUCAGUCUCGCUGUAACCACGCUUGUGUUAACAUCAGAAUUGUAGUUGCUUCCCUUGCUACCCACAUUUACCAUGGCCCCUAAAAGAGCAUCAAAGACACCAGCUGGAGCCACCCCUAAGCGCCAGAAGAAAUUGAUGACUCUGCAGGAGAAGGUGGAGUUGUUGAAUAAGUUAAAGGAGGGAAUGUUGUUCACUGCUGUGGGGCGACUGUACAACGUGAAUGAAAGCACGGUAUGUACCAUCAAGAAAAGGGAAAAAGAUAUCUAUGGUGCUGUAAGUGCCAGUAUUCCACACAGUGCUAAGCAUGUCAGCCAAGUGAGGGAAAAGGCAAUGGUGAAGAUGGAGAAUGCCUUGUUUCUGUGGAUAGAGGACCAGCACCGGAAAGGUGUAGCAGUGGACUCUAUCCUUAUCCGGGAGAAAGCUAAGUCUCUACACA